UUGUUGUUCGACAGUAUCCCGUUCUCUUCCAGUGGACUCCAGAGAACUAUAAAGUCUCUAAUCGGUUAGCAUGCGACGUGCGGGGUGAAGACUGGAACAUCGAAGCGUUGUCCUCCUCUCGCGAGCCAACCCGCCUCUAAAUCGUCGACUAUGCCAAUGAAAAAGGCCGACAGGGAAGGCCUUCUCCGAAACUAUGAACUUUCGUGGCUUCAGAAAACCGCUAUGCGGAUCCUGGCUCAGGGACGGAUUCCUCAACACGUCGCUCUUAUCAUGGACGGCAAUCGGAGGUAUGCCAAGCAAGUCCAAAGGAAAACCAUCGAUGGUCACAAAGAAGGCUUCAGCAAGCUAUCCGAGGUUCUCUUCUGGUGUCGGGAGCUCGGUGUCACCGAAGUUACUGUGUACGCCUUCUCAAUAGAGAACUUCAAACGCACCAAAGAUGAAGUCGACGCUCUCCUCGACUUGGCCGAGGAGAAAUUCCGAGACCUGCUGGAUGACCACGAGACCCUGGUCGAACACCAGGUAUGCAUUCGAAUACUGGGCAACACAUCGUAUCUGCCGGUAUCUCUGCAACAAUUAUGCGCGGAGCUCAUGCUCAAGACGAAAGACCAUCAUAAGUGUUUCGUGAAUAUCGCCUUGAGUUAUACGGCUCGCGAGGAAAUGUGCACUGCCAUCGAGGACCUUCUGGCAGCCGCCAGCGAGGGUCUUGUAAAGCCUAGGAACUUCAAUGAGGCUUUGCUCUCGUCAGCUAUGUAUUCUAAGGACAGUCCUGAUCCGGAUUUGUUGAUACGAACAUCGGGUGAAGUUCGCUUAUCCGAUUUCCUUCUGUGGCAAACUGGAUUCACCGUUGUGGAAUUCAUUCCGGAACUAUGGCCAAAAUUGAAUAUAUGGCAGUUUCUUGGCGCCAUCCUACACUAUCAGUGGCAAGCCAUCCAGAUCGUCAAUUGUUCGCAGGGCUUCCUUUCCGAUAAUGAAAUUAUUCAUGAAGAUUUCGAUAAAUUUAUAGAGAGACGAAGAUUGCAAAAAUUGCGAGAUGCAUCUUUGGGCAACGUCGAGCAGAAACCAAUUGAAGACAUACAGUGAUGAUUGUACAAACUCGGAGCUUGGGCCUCGCGGAUGCUUGGCGCUAAUUUAUUAAGAAAAAAGUACGGAGAGUCCAAUAAAGAUCUAUUUUAAGAAAUUAUUUAUAUACUCAGU